AUGAAUAGUAUGCAUAAAUUAUAUCACUUCGAAAAUAAGGAUGAUGAUAUAUAUAUAAACUCAUUUUUCAGAAAAAAUAUUUUUCGUAAAUAUGAAUUUAAACCCAAAUAUUGUGAUAAGCCAGAAUGUGAUACACCAAAAAAUAAAACUGGUGCCCAUUUCAAGAGGGUUUCAAAUAAUUCAUGGUAUGACACAAGUGUUUAUAAUAAGGAAAAGGAUAUUUAUUUAUUAUGUAAAGAAAUGAAAAAUGAAAAUAAUCCUAUAAAUAUAUUAAGGUCAUUGGGAAAAGUCAAGGAAAUAAAAAAAGGUGUAAACAAUCAUGAAAAUGUAUGUAACUUCAAAAUAGAUAAAUACACUGAUAUACAUAAUAAUAUAUUAAAAAAUAAUCCGUAUAAUAGUUUAUAUAUGAAUAGGAAAGGACGGAAUAAUAAAUCGAUGAAUAUAAAAGAUAAUAACAGCAUAGUUGAAAUAAAUGCAUCAUUAAAUAUAGAAAAUAAAACUUCCACUGAAUUGGUAGACAAAAUAUGUUCUAGUACUAAGGAGCAUAAAGGGAAGUAUGAAGAAAAAGAGGAUGAAUUCGAAGAUAAAAACAAAAAUAUAAAAACAGAAAAAUAUUUUUUAAGACCAAGAGAUGUAAUAAAAAGUAAUCUCAGAUUGAAAAAAGAAAAUCUAACAAGAACGAGUAGUGCAUAUUGUAACGAGAAUAUUGAAAAAGAGUAUUUUAAAAAGCGUUGUAAAUCAAAUAUAGUUAAUUGCAAAGUUAUGAAAGGGAAAGGAAUUCAAAAGAAAUGGGUUGAUAAUUUUAACUCCGAAUUUGAUAUAAAUAAUUUAGAUGAAUUAAAAAAUAAAUCUAUAUGUCUUAACAAUAAUAAUAUCAAAUUUAAAAAUGUUAGAGGUUUACGUUUAAAAGAUAAAAAAGAGAAUUAUUGGGAUAAUUUGAUCGAUUCUAGUUAUAUAUAUAACAAGUAUAAUAAAAAGCAUAAAUAUGGCAAGAAAGAAAAAAUGAUAUUUCCUAAAAUUGAAAAUAUAGUUGAUAUAGAGAAUUGUAAUUUAGAACAAGGAGAGGAAAGAAAAAAAAACUUAAAAAAAAAUAAUAAAAUUUUAACUAUAGACAAUUCAAAAAAUCGAAAAAUUAGUCAACUCUUUGAUAAUAAAUUUUACCAACUUAAUGAGAAGCCAAAAAAGGGGUCAUCAUUAGAUGAAAUAGAUACAAACAAUGAAUAUAAAAACAAAAAGGAUAAUUAUAAUAAAUUGUUUCUAGACAUUUAUGAUGCACAAUGUAUCGAAAUAAAAUUUGAUGAAGAGCAUAAAAAAGAGGACACCAAACAUAUGGGAAAAGAAAUUGUAGACAUAGAUGUAACACAAUUUGAAUCAGAGAGAAAAAUGAAAGAAAAAAAUAAAGAAGUAUAUCGUUUAAUGGAAAAAAUCGAACUAAAUGAAAUAGAUAAAAGUGUUAAAACAAAAAAUAAACACACCUCAAAAUAUAUGGAUUAUAAUAUAAGUAUAAACCGAAAUAUUUCUGAUGAAAUUGACAAAAAAAUGGAAGAGUCCCAAGUUUGUAUUAAUGAUUAUAACUUUAAUAGUAAUGAUAAAAAUAUUCAAUUUUCAAAAGGAAAUAUAUCAGAUAAUAUAUCAAUCGAUUUUAAAAUAUAUAAACCAAUAUUAAUGAAUUUUGUAACUCAAAUAAUAGUAGAGAUGGGAAAUAGGAUUUUAAAAAGUGUCUAUAUAAAUGAGUAUCCUCAAACUUUUAAUGUGAUUAUACAAAAAAUGAAUAAAACAAAUAAUGAACAAAUAAUUAAUAAAAUACGAAAUAAAAUGAUAAGUAUAAAAGAUGAAGAUUUAAUAAAAUUUAUAUAUUUAAAUAAUUAUAAAGAAAUAGGUUAUUCAUAUAUAUGUUUAAAAAAUGUUUUAAAAUUAGGAAUGGAUGGUGGAAUGUUUAUUUUAGUUUCAAAUGAAAAAAAAGAAAGUAUCAAUCAUAAACAUUUUAUGCAUUCUCAAAUUAUACCAAUCAAUAAACAAGAAAUAAAUAUACUUAAACCCAAAAUUUUUAUGAACUAUAAAAUUUAUUGUCCUAAAUUAUUUAUAGAUCUUUUACCAAUAAAUGAAAUUAUAACAUUUAAAGAAAAAAUUAAAUAUUUAGAAGACAUGAUUAGACAACUAUAUGUUUUUAUUCAAAACUCCUACUCAAUGAAAUAUACAAAAAAUAUAUUUAACCCAAAAGAAAUAAAAGCAAGAAUUAUAUAUCAUAGAUCCAAAGAUUUAGACAAAGGUGCAGAAAACAUAAUCAAUAAAAAGAAAUGCCCAAGUUACAAAAUCGGAAAUUUAGAAGUCCGAAAAAAAAAUAAAUGCAAAAAAAUUUCUAAAAAUUAUGAUAACAAUCAAGUAUAUGAAAAAAGUUCAAUACAAAAUAAUACUUAUGAUGAGCAUAUUCAAACUGAAAAAGAAUUAAAUAACAUAACUUUUAAUAUGACAAAUAAAUCAAAUAGUAGUACCCAUAAAACUGUUUUAAAUAAUAUAAAUGUAAAAAAUAAAGAAAACUAUCUUGAUAUAGAGAUGAUAAAAAAAAGUAUGAACCCACCAUCAGAUGAUAACCACAAAACGAGUGAAAAUUUUCAAAGUAAUAGUGAUACAAAAAAAAUAAAUAUACAGAAAGAAAUAAGUUUAGAUGAAAUGAAUGAGUCUGUUACAGAUAAUGUAGACAAUUUUAUUGAAGCAAAAACACUGAAAUGUAAAACUAAAAAAGAACAAAAAAAUCGUAUUAUUUUAUCAUCUAAAAUGCCCCAAAUUAGUAAUGAAAAUAAAAAUAAAAUUGAUGAACUAUAUAAUGUAAUAGAAAAAUUAAAAAGAGAAGUAGAAUCAAAAAAUUCGGAAAUAAACAAACUGAAACAUUCAAAUAAUAAUAUUAAAAUUUUGUACAAAUCAUGUUAUAAAAAAAUGUGUAAUCAUGAAGAAAAAAAAAAGAAAAAAAAAAUACAAAUAUGUAGAAAUAAUCUAUUUUUGUCUAAAUUUAAUGAUGUGUAUAAUUAUGAAAUACCUCAUGGGGAUGUGGAAAAAAAUGUUUUGAUCAAUCCAAGUAUAGAAAAUACAUCCUAUUUUGAUAAAGAAAAUGAAGAAAUAGCCGAAGUGUCAAAACCAAAUAUAAAUAUGAAGGAAGAAAAAAUAAAUUAUAAUGAACAAAAAGAAGAAUCACAGCCAAAUAAGUAUGAUAUAGAUGCUGUUGUAGAUUCUAAUACUACUUUAAAUGAAAUAGAUGUGGAAGAAGGAAAUAAUACCAUUUCAAAUAAAAAAACAAAACAACACCUAGAUAAUAUUGAAAACAAACUAAUAGAAUUUGGAAUGUUACUCGAAAAUAAUGAACUAAUAAAGCAUGAACUAAAUGAGUUUGAUGUUGUAAAUGAUGAAUCAGACGAUCAAGAUAACGAACCCACACAAAAUGAGUUCCCAUUGUCAGAUGCAAAUGAUUCUAAAAAUUGUGAAAGUAAAAAUCGUGUAAGUAAAAAUUUAGAUGAGUAUGAUGAUAUAUGUGAGGAGCCUGUUGUAGAUAAUUUAGAUAGUGAAAAAUGUUUUACUAAUAAAAUAAAAAAAAUAAAUAAAUAUGAUAAUAACAUUAGAUUUAAUUUUCCUCUAAAUUUUGUUAAAAGCUGUUCACAACAUUCUAAUCCAGAAAGAAGUUAA